UCCAAAUCUCGCUUGAAGCUUGAGGUGUAACAAAAGCCAAGACGACAACUGCUGUUAUAUACCUCGCUUGCGACUGCUCGCAGAAGUACAGAUGAUCUGGUUGUGCUCCGCGCAAAUCAAGAGCCGGCGCUCGCAGCGGCAUCGCACGCCACAAGGUUAUUACCCGCCGGGACGAGAUGAGCAUCAGCAGUUAAGUCACGUCAUGCAUAAUCUCUAUGGUUUCUUGGUUUCGGCGGACAAGAGUACGAAUUUUUGGGUUUCAUUCGUUUGAGUCGCUCCGCUCGUGGACGGACGACGGCGUGCCAGCGCACGCAAUCCAUCCAGACGCGUGCUGGACGUUUCAGCUCUCAAUGCCAAGCAAUACGAACUCAAAUGAAACCCCGCAGCAGGUGAGGGCCGAUCACAAGACUUCCCGAGAGCGCGGCGGGCGGAGUCGUCUCUCGACGGCAGCGAUGGCUGGCUUCGGCUGGAUCGUUCUUCGUGCGGCACGACACUUCACUGCAUUAAAUUUUGUUGUAUGUUCGGUUCGAAAUGGAAGCCUCACAAUCUCCGGAAUCUUCCAGGCCGCGGUCAACACACGAGUAUCCACCCAAGCCGAACUGUUUUUCCAGCGUGCAUCCUGUGGUUUGUGUACGCAGUACCACUUGGCGAUUCACGUAACCCAGCGCGAGCAGGCACAUGAGCUACUCGAGCGCACGAGACCCGCCCGAUAUGCAGUGCAAUCGCCCUGGCGCGAUUCGGCAGGUGCGUAUCGGUAUCAGGGGUGCACCAUGCUAUGCCCAAAUUAGCUGGCUCUCCUAGAUGGCACACCUGGGCGGCCGCAUGUGCCGCCAUUACCAUUCGCUUUCAACAAGCUUCGGUCGCUCAUGGAGCGCGCGGCACCUUCCAGGACGGGACGCGGUUGCUAGCGCGCCACAGCCGAAGAAGCGCUACCGGGAUACAUAAAACUUCGCGCUCCCCUCGGACAAAAAAAGCGAGUCUCGACACUCUCCUUCC